AUUGUUUGACUUUUUUUUUGUUAAAGUUGACUUUUUUAAAAUCAAAGAUACAAUAUGAAUUUAGUAUAUCAAUCCAGGACAUCUCUUUUCAAACGACAGAAAUGAUCAUGUCUGGUAAUCUUCUUCUUCUUCUUCUUCUUGUUCUGUCUUCCUUCACAGGAAAAUCCGAGAGUUUGUUCAUCACAGAAGGAUCUGCAAGUUUAGAAGCCAUCGGUUUCUUCAGAUUGACGAACACGACAAAGCACGCCUAUGGUCAGGCUUUCAAUAGCGAGCCUUACCUAAUCAAGAACUCAUCAGACGGUACCGUACCUUCUUUCUCCGUUACCUUCUUCUUCGCAAUAGUUCCUGAACGAGAACACAAUGGCUCCCAUGGCAUGGCUCUUGUAAUCUCGCCCACCAGAGGCAUUCCAGGGGCUUUCCCGGAUCAGUACCUCGGCGUUUUCAACGAUACCAGCAACGGGUUGAGCUCGAACCAUGUCGUUUCUGUAGAGCUCGACACGCACAAGGACGAUGAAUUCGACGAUAUUGACGACAACCAUGUCGGUAUCAACAUAAACGGGUUGAGGUCUGUGAAAUCUGCUCCUGCUGGUUAUUACGAUAAAGACGGUAACUUUAUAAACCUUUCGUUGAUCAGCAGAAGGGUGAUGCGGAUUUCGAUUGUGUAUAGCCAACCGGAAACACAGCUUAAUGUUACCUUAAGCCCCGCAGAGAUGGUAACUCAACCAGAGCAACCGCUUCUGUCUCUGAACCAGGAUCUUUCUCCGUAUCUGUUGGAGGAAAUGUAUGUCGGAUUCUCUGCCUCAACUGGGUCGGUUGGAUCGAUUCAUUACAUGUUGGGCUAUUAUAUCUUUCCGGACGUUGCGUAUCCGUCACUGGAUCUUGGUGUGAUACCUGUCCUUCCACCAUAUCCGAGGAAAGCCUCUCAAAGAACACGGAACAUUCUGGUUGUCUCCUUGACAUUCUCUGCCUUUGUCGCUCUUGUCAGCUCGGCCGUGGGAUUCUUCUUCUAUCUGAGACACAAGAAGGUUAAAGAGGUUCUCGAGGAAUGGGAGAUCAAAUACGGACCUCAUAGAUUUGCGUACGAGGAACUGUACAAAGCCACAAAGGGUUUCAAGGACAAGCAACUUCUUGGAAGAGGAGGGUUUGGUCAGGUCUAUAAGGGAAUCUUAUCCGGUUCCGAUGCAGAAAUCGCCGUGAAGAGGGUCUCUCAUGAUUCGAGGCAAGGAAUGGACGAGUUCUUGGCCGAGAUAUCGACCAUUGGCCGCCUUAGACACCCGAACUUGGUCAGACUUCUCGGUUAUUGCAGGCGUAAGGCUGAACUCUUCCUGGUUUAUGACUUCAUGCCCAAUGGAAGCCUUGACAAGUUCCUCUACAGUGAAUCGCUCACAUGGGUUCAACGGUUCAAGAUCAUAAGAGACGUGACCUCUGCACUGUUCUAUCUUCACCAUGAAUGGGUACAGAUUGUGAUUCAUCGAGAUAUCAAGCCAGCAAAUGUCCUGAUCGACCACCAGAUGAAUGCGAGGUUAGGAGAUUUCGGAUUGGCCAAGCUAUAUGACCAAGGAUACGAUCCUCAGACAUCUAGAGUAGCCGGAACCAUCGGAUACAUCGCGCCAGAGCUCGUUAGGACUGGAAAAGCGACGACGAGGACAGAUGUUUAUGCGUUUGGACUGUUCAUGCUGGAGGUUACUUGCGGGAGGAGGCUGAUACAGCCACGAGCAGAAGACAGAGAGGUUGUUCUUGUGGAUUGGAUAAUGGAUCGGUGGGAGAACGGAGAUAUUCUCGAGACAGUUGAUGAAAGAAUCCGGCAAGAACACGACAGGGAACAGCUUGAGGUGGUUCUGAAGCUCGGGGUGAUCUGUUCUCACCCAGUUGCGGAGGUCAGACCGUCCAUGGCAGACAUCAUUCGGAUCUUGGAUGGUGUUUCGAAUCUUCCAGAGAAUAUUCUCGAUAUCGUGAAAGCUGCAGAAUUCAGAGGAGCCGCUGGUGUGGCUAAUCUGAGGAAUUCCAUACCUAACUUGACGUACACGGAAUCUUUCACAUCACAGGGACGGUGAAGAUUUUCCACAUUUUUAUGUAAAUUCGUUUUUUCAAUCGUAUUUUAUCUUUUUGUAUGAUUUUCACACCCGUUUGAUUCUAGAAAUUUCCAAGUAUAA